UCACAAAUCAACUUCCGGUAAAAAUGGCUGCAAGAAACGCACUGAAAAAGACAACGGGUCUCACCCGAUUGGCAGUUAAUCCAUUUGCACGAGAAAAUUUGAUGGAAGUAUACGACAAGAUUUUAAGAACUGUAGCAAAAAUGCCAGAAAAUGCUGCAUACAGACAAAACACAGAAUCUAUAAUCAAGGGAAGACUUGCUUUGGUAGAAAAGGAACAAGAUUUACUGAAGUUGGAAGAAAAGAUAAAUGAUGGUCAGAUUGAAGAGGUUGUUCUUCAGGCCAAGCGUGAACUCAAAUUGUCAAGACAGAUGUUGGACUGCAAAGCGUGGGAACCGUUAGUUGGACAGGCACCAAAGAAUCAAUGGAAAUGGCCAAUAUAGUUAUUUUUUUCUAUAGUGAAUACUUUGUGAUGUGACUAUAAAGACUGUGUGCAAGACUUGAGAACAUCAGUGUUCAGUUGCCCACAUUCUGGAUUACAUGUGUAUGAAUAGCGUUAUUAUACAAUAAAUAUGAAAACCUAA